CGCCCCCGGGUCCCGCCCCUCGGCCGGCGCGGCCGGUCCGGUCGCCAGCUUUCUCUCUGCCAAGCUCGGCCUGCGCUCCGCGAGCGCGCUCACUUUGCAAGUCCUGCCCUUCCUGCCCGCCGGAGCCCGGUCGGCGGUCACUCUCUGGCUGCGCCCUCCUUUGUCUCACGCGGACCCGCGCCGCGGCCGAAGAGGCCGCCGGGAGCGCGCCUCCCGGCCGCAGGGCCCGGCUGCAGGCGGCCCGAGGCUGGCCUCUCGGAGGGGAUCGUGCGGCGACAUGCCAAGGUAUGAACUAAACAAAGGACUUAAAAAAACAACAAAGAAAGAUGUUUUGGAGCCCAAAUGCCUCGGCUGUCAGAUCCCUUCAUUUGCAUCUAUUGGUGUGCAUCAGCCUGGUGUUUGGGAUUUCACAUGCUUGGCUUGAUUUCACAGAUCAACCUUGUGUUUUUAACAUGACGUUACGAAGUCUGCGGCCAAUUUUAUCAUGGAAAUUAAAAAACCAUCCCAUUGUACCAACUUACUACAAAGUACAGCACACAAUUAUGAGUAAACUAGACACUAUGAAGAUAGUGGAAGGCUGUACAAACAUCACGAGACCGUCUUGUGACGUCAUGGACGUGUUGGAGGACAUCCACGAGAACUACCUGUUCCUGCUGGAAGGAUUCAGGGGCAGCUCCGCGUUGGAUAACUGCUCGGACAUCUUCACGUCAGCAGACAUGUAUUUUGAACCACCAGAAUUUGAGAUUGCUGGCUUUAUAGACCUCAUUAAUGUGACAGUGAAAUUUCCACCCAUCAUCCCCAAGAUAUUUAAAAAAGAAUUACAACAUUCCUUGUCACUGGUUAUCAGUGAGGAGUCGGGAGGGAUUGUUAAGACGCAUAAACCCAAAAUAACAGGAAACAUCGGUGGAAAUUUCAGCUAUGUCAUUGACAAGUUAAUUCCAAACAGCAACUACUGUGUAUCUGUUUAUUUUGAGCCUAAAUUUAUGGGAACUCCCAUAAAGUCUCCCUUAAAAUGCACCUUCCUUCAGUCUCGCCAGGAAUCAGAAUCAUCAGAAUCUGCCAAAAUAGGAGGAAUAAUUACUGUGUCUGUGAUAGCAGUUGUCUUCAUCGCCACCGUCCUGACACUGAAACGGGUUGGUUACAUAUGCUUAAAGAACAAGUUCCCCAAAGCCUUGAAUUUUCAGAACUUUCUAUUCUGGGUAUUUCCUGAGCUGCCCCCAUCAGAAGCAGUGGACGUGGUGGAGGUCAUCUGCAUCAACAGGAUGAAGAAACUCUGGAAUUACAACUAUGACGACGAAAGUGACAGCGAUGACGAGACAGCCCCCAGAGCAAACGCCGGUGGCUACACCACGCACGGCCUACUGGGCAGGCCUCUGAAUCAGACCUCCGCCACCUCGGCCACCUCUGAGGAGUCCCAGUCCGCCGACGGGGACGCGAAGGAGUCAGACGUGGAGGAGCCUGACUCACCUGAGGCCCACGCGGAGUCCCCCACAGUCCCCAGGCCGGCCCUCUGCCCCUCGCCGACAGAGCGCACCGACGAGAGGACAGAGAGUCCGCCCCAGGACCCCGUCCCCGAUGGGGACAGCAGCAGCACCGGGGGGUCUGGGGACCGAAUCGUCUUCAACGUGGACUUGAAAUCUGUGUUCAUGAGAGUCCUUGACGAUGACACGGAAGACGCCCCUGUGACGUUCUCCCCUCCUCCAGAGGACAUCAGCGACCUAGAGGAUCCCGGUCGCACGGAGCCCACCACGCUGGCGGCCGGUGGGGACGGGCUGGAGCCACCCUACCCCGGCGCCUCUUCCGAGUGCCAGUGGCCUGCCGACAUUCCUUCUGAGAGGAGUGACACUUCUGAUUCCGACUCAGACGUUGGUGCGGGGGGCGACUAUAUAAGGAGAUGAGUCCGAAAAAUGUUUAACUCCGACCAUCAAGGACCCACAGGGUCCUCUCUCCUUGGACCCUAGCUUGCUGCUUUGUGGUCUGCAAGUGUUUUCUGCCAGGAGGAGUAGGGAACCUCCUGGGCUUCCCGGCGACACCACCCGUGCAGGGUCCCAGCAUGGGAAGCGUCCUGCCACUCAGCACCGCGUUGCCCAGUUCCAAGUGAUACCCUUGGAAGGGCACAUACUCUGUCCAUUGCAUUCUGCUGGUAUACCUGGGAGCAAGGUACCCAGGGAGCACAGUUCCCUGUGGCCCUCCAGGGUGAGCUAGGGCCCUGCGGUGUGUCCGACAGAGAAGCAGAUGGGUGCAGGGGAGGCUGGGGUCGGGGAGAGAACAGGAAAGCAGGCAGCAGUGGAGGAGGGGACAGGACGGAGUGGGGGGCCGGGAAACAAGGAUCGGCCAGCUCGUCUCCAUGCACCUCUCAGAUGCCAGAGUCGGCCUCCCGUGCCGCGGGAACAGCGCCAGCACCUCACCAGCCCUCUGGAGAGGAGUCACAGAUGCUACACACUCCGGUCCAGGCAGGUGACUAACGGAGAGAGGACACAUUGCACGGGGAAGAGGAAUAAAAUCUCAGUGCCAUCUUGUGGGAUUAAAAAAAAAAAAUCACAAGUGCAACUGCGGCAUGCAAGAGCUGGGGAGCUGACCUGACACUCGCCGACGUGCCGCGUGCCGGUUCCAGGCGUCCUCCGGGUGAUGGGGUGUCUCAUGACUGGGGGGAGGAGGGAAGGCGAGGCUCUACCACGUCAUGGAGCGAACAGCACAGGACUGGGCCACAGAGCUCCCCGGCUGCCAUCUUGCUGUUGUGGCUCGGGGCAUUUUGCUAAGUCUCUCCAGAGCCCCAGUCCUCAUUUAUGAAUUACGGGGAUUACCACCCUAUGAAUCCAGGGCAAUACUGGGAAGUAUUCAGAAAUAAAGACGCCAGUGGGAAUGGGGCAACCUGGGGAGGCCCCGGGAUGAAUGAGCGGUGGGGGACCCUCCUUUCUCACCGCUCCCACUCCCGCCAACUCUAUUCAAAAGGUGAAAAGGGAAAGUUGUAGGAGACCCAGUUGUAGGAGCCUGGAGAGAUUAUUUGUAUCAUUGCGCUAAAGUAACUCAGGCUGUGCCGGGGCAGCCAUCACUCGAUGACUGAAAUGCCCUACGGAAGAGGCCGCACGCACAUCCUGGCCUCCCGGGCCCUCUGCAUUUCCAGACUGGUAUUUCAGAGUAGCCUCUCCCAUCUGCACUUGGGUGUGUCCCUUUCACAGUUUUGCAUCAUGGCCUGAGCUGGUAACGGGUACGACAAGCACACUUUUUAGUACAAACUUGGCGCAGCCUCCAUGGCGAGCACCCGUGCAGAUCUGUGAGCCCGCCGGCUCGCUGUGACCACCUCCCGCCCCCUUCCUCACACAUCAGCCUGGGGCUCCCCUGGCAGACGGCAGGCAGAGCUUCCAGUCCGUCGGCCCGCGCUGGAGUUUCCAACCGCACCGCUGCCCACGUCCUAGAAAGAGGAAAUGAAAGCUUUCUGGGCUGGCCCCUGAAAAAUGCUGCUCACUGGCAAGUAAACGGCGCGGCUUUCCUGGGACCCUCCCUGGGUGGGUAGACUCUCACCCUGGCGUCCCCAACAGUGCUCUUCAACCACCUGCUGGGGAGAGGGCCUUCCAGAGAGCCAGCUGGGCCCCUGAGAAAAUGAAGGUUUAGAGAAAAACCAGCACUGCCCCAAAUUCCACCCUUCAGAUAAAACCCCAGGGUGGGCGGCCCAGUGCGCGGAUGUGGGUGCCUGGAAAAGUUCACAGGGCGAGUUGGGCGCAGCACGCCGGCUCGCAGUCCCUGGGUUUGAGGUCCAGCUCUGCUGUUAUGGCUUCCUGCUCGUGCGCACCUGGGAGGCGCAGGUGGUGGGGUCCCUGCCACCUGCACCUGUUCAGGGUUGGGUUCCGGGCUGCUCGCUUCAGCCUGGGCACCUGCUGGGUAUUUGGGGAAUGAACCAGCAGGUGGGAAGGAACUCUGUCCACCUUUCAAAUUAAAAGGCAAAAAUGUUCACGGAGAAUGAAAUUAAAACCUAAGUUUAUUGUGAUGCAAGAAAGUUUGUAACUUUAUAAUAUGCAUUUUCUAUGAAGUUUUUGAAGAUGCCUGUGUAUGUGAAUCUCGACAUGUUUUUAUACCGAAACAAACUUUUAUUUCUGUCUUCCCACGAA